ACGGCAGUCUGUCUGCCACCCUUUAAUUUGCGCUCGGCCGCCGUGGGGUUCACACUCACAGAGAAGGAGGUCUGCUUGUUUCCACAUCUUAGAAAGGAAGGAGGUCAGUUGGGAUUUUUCACCUCCUUGGAAAGAGACCAUACGCAAUUCCCAGAGCUGGAUUUUUAAACCUCCCAAACUCCUCGGGGUUUUUCUUUUUCACUUUUCUUUUUUGUUCAGAGCACCUGAAGGAAAAAAAACAAUACGAUGGGAGCCCAGUUGUCCAAGGGUGGAGUAGCUGUUGACGGGAAAGCCACCGCCGACCCAGCUGCUGCCAAAGCCAACGGCCAGGAAAAUGGCCACGUGAAAACCAAUGGCGAUGUUACAGCCAAGCCUGACGGGGAAGUGGCCGCAGCCGACGGAAAUGGAACUGCAGAGCCAGCCAAAGAAGGCGAGGCCAGCGGUGGAGAUGCCAUUGAGCCCGCUCCUGCUGCUGAGGGUGAGCCCACCAAAGCAGAGGGGGAGGCUGCGAAGGACGGCAAGAAGAAGAAGAAGUUUUCCCUGAAGAACUCAUUUAAGUUCAAAGGCAUCUCACUGAAGAAGAACAAGAAGAGCAGCGAGGAAGGCAAGGAGGAGACCACCUCCCCCACGACCGAGGACAAGCCAGAGGAGAACGGCCACACGGCCAAAGAAACCAAAGAGGAGACGCCGGCCACGGAGGCCAAAGAGGGAGAGGAAGCCGCCGCCACUGCUGCGCCUGCACCUGAGGAAGAGGCCAAGGCAGCAGAGGAGGCUCCACCAACAGAGGCGGCCCCCGCCGAGGAGGCUGCCGCCCCCGCCGAGGACACAACACCUGCAGCCUCUGAGGGCGAGGCCGUGGCAGAGUGACUGCCUCCAGCCACAGUACCUGAACUGAUUUUUCCAAAAUGAAAGUAUAUAAAUAUAUAUAUGAGAGACAUGUGCCACAUUCUCAAAGUUAUAAACAAAACGACAAAAAGAAGACGACAAAAGGAUAUAUCACGUUUGCUGAUUCAACCACCAGUUCACUGCCUUUUAUUAGUUCUCUGACAGACGGAUUCUCACCGGGCCCUCUCAUGAUGUCGGCUGGCGUCGCCCCUCCCCCUCAUGGUACACACAGGGACUGGCGUGUGGCGAAGGUAAUGGAUUGGAUGUGGAGCGAAUCAGGAAUACUGACUUAUUUUCCCAAAUCACGGAAAAGCAUCCUUUUUUAACAGCGUGGCGGCCCUAUAACAUGUUAUUUUUUCAUCUUUUUGGGAUCUAAGAAAAUUUCACUGAGCAGGGCAAGACCACCUUUCACUCAAAAUGACUGUUAUACGGACACAUCAAUCUAUCAAAUGAUCUUAUUACUUUUUAGAUUUUACAUUCCUAUGCUUUAUUCCCAAAUUUCAAGUAUUUUGUCAUGUAUAGAAAAGAGAAAAUCGAAUAGGGGAGGUUGGAAAGGAGCUUUGUCUCUUUGUUCGUGCAUUUUGAUUCCUUUUUCUGGCUAAAAACACAUUCAAGCUUCUCGAGUAUUGCAGUGUUCACAUUUCAGAGUUUUAUGACGCAGGGGUCGGGGUUGUGUACAAAAAUGUGAGCUUUUUAUCUGCAAACUGUCACUGUAAAUAUGUUUUGGCCGAUUAUUUUUGGUUCUCUUUAUUUUGCUAUCGUUUGAAGAUGUUAAUGGUUUUAUUGUAACUUUUAAUAAGGGUAAAUAAAUGUUCGAUCCCCUC